UUGUUUGAAGUUUAACCUCGAACGGGAGUUCUUUUCUCCGAGUGUAGUGCACUUAUUUACACGUGUUUUGAGAUGGCCCCGACUAAAGAAAAGGCCGCCGCGUCCCCAAAAGUGGUUAAAAAGGCAAAAAAAAUGCAUAGGUUCAGGAACCCAUUGCUGGCCGAUGGCGUACGGCGUUUUUCCAAGGGUAAAGUGGUGCAGAGAAAGAAGAUGUUCGCCCUGAAGAGUCUCAAGAAGGUGCGUGUUGAGAAGCCGAAAGUCGCCAUUACUGUUGUGAAGAAGAUUGGCGGAGCUAAAAACGGUGGCGAACGGAAGGUAAUGUUGCGGAAAAACAAGAGUUAUCUGCCAACCAAGAAUAUCGUCCGCAAGAGAGUUGGCAAGCGUUGCUUCCGCAACCACAAGCGAAACACCCGUAAGACUUUGAAGACAGGAAAAGUUCUGAUCCUGCUGGCUGGUCGCCAUAAGGGCAAGCGUGUUGUCCUACUGAAGAUUCUCCAAUCGGGACUGCUGCUCGUAACUGGUCCAUUUGCUUUGAAUAGCUGUCCGCUGCGUCGUAUCUCGCAGAACUAUGUCAUCGCCACCAAGACUCGUCUGAAUGUGAAGAAGGUCAAGCUGCCGAAGCACAUCAACGACGGCUACUUCCGUCGGGUGGUGAAGAAGAAAAACACCCGCGCCGAGCGCGACAUCUUUGCCGAAAAGGAGGAGAAGUAUGUCCCUUCGGAGCAGCGCAAGGCGGACCAGAAAAAGGUCGAUGCUGCUGUCAUGAAGGUCAUCGCUGCCCACAAGGAGUCCAAGGUGAUUAAGCGCUAUCUAAAAUCGAUGUUCUCGCUACGAUCAAACCAGUUCCCCCAUCGUAUGCAGUUCUAAGCUGAUUCCGGGUCAAGGAAGAACAUUGUUAAUAAGAUUUAAAAUAGAUGGGUCAACAACACAGAACAGCUGGAUUAUAUUACAGUACGGAAAAUACAUUUUAAGAUUGUAUCUUGAAA